CCGAAAUCUCUCCUGGAAUUUUUAGCCCUCUCCUAGGUCUCAUUUUCUGCAGACAACACUUCGUCCGUCCCUGCCAUGUGAUAUUUUAUUGUCUUACUUGUAUUUCUUUGUUUAGUUGUCAAUACUAAAGAGGCACUGGUCGUUUGUCGAAGCAUCCAUGCGUCGGUGGCAGCUGGGCCGCAGGGUCUAUUGCGUCAUUAAUCGCAACCUGGUUUGGGCUUCAACUUCAACUGCAUCACCAAAUCGGGCUGCCCUCUCUCCCCAGUCUCUAAUCUUAAAGUCUCGAGGUUUUUUCAUUACCUCUCACCGUCGCUCAUAUUCCCACUUGCGUAUCCGAACUUCUCCGCAGAAUCAGACACUUCUAGCUUCGUCCCACCAAACCACCCACUACACCAUCCCAUCACCGAACCCUCGCCGCAGUCCCAUCAUCUCUCGAGCCAUGUCUUCAGACGACGCUUACGUAUCCUUCCUGGACAAGGCAAACGCAGACCUCAAUAACGCCCGAGCAGCACAAACCCAGCAGUCGUCCGGCGUGCGCACGGAGACCGUUGACGUUGGCGCUCAGAUCCCCGCUCCACUCAGAUCAGUGGAUGCAUACUACAUCUCCGAGACCGACGAGCCCUUUGAGCCCGUAACAUUGAGAUGGGAGGGCGCGAAUAAGGGAACUUGGCCCGGUCCUGCCGAAUUCUCGAGACUCAUCUCGCCUGACGCUGAUCUCUCCUCGGUCAUUGAGACAUUGACGCCUUCGACCUUUGAUCCUAAGAACCAGUACUCGGCUGCGCUGCGCGCGGUGCGGGCCGCGGUCGCGCAGACUUUUGGAGGUGGUGAGCCUGGCAUCGAUGAAUCGGAUGUAGAGGUUAAGGUGUACCGGGUGGAAGUUGGCAAAUCGCGCGUCGAGUAUUAUAUUUUGGGACUAGACGCUGAGGGAGGGACUAUUGUGGGAUUGAGGGCUAAGGCCAUCGAGUCUUAGCUUGCAUUUCCCCCUCUGGUCUGUGUGUUCGAUCAGCUGUCAUUUUGUAAUUGAUAUAGCCAGAUGACGAUUAACGUGAUAUAUGUCUACGAUAGCUUGAACUUUAUUCGAGUGAUUACGAAA